CUCCUCCCAGCCGCAUACUACUCGUAUGCUUCUCUCUCCCCCUCUCGCGUUUUUCUCCCUCCCGUUCCUCCCCAUCGCCCCUCACCCCUCUGGAUCGAAGGCAUCGACGCGGCGGCGUCCAGAUGACCGACCCUAGCAAGCUUCCAACUCCCUCCCUACCUUACUCCCGCUCCUCCCCGCACGUCCCUCCUUGCUCCACGCUGCUCCGCCAGGCUCCCACAUCUCCCUGCCAAGUUCCCCGUCCAACUAGUUGCUUCCACUCAGAUGCGGCGGGGGAGGGUUACGAGUAGUUAGAUCGGAUGCCGGAGAUGGCUGCGGUGGAAGUGUUUGGCUCGAUAGCGCCGUUCAUGGAAGCGGCGGAAAAUUUUAGGGUUUUGAUUCAAGAGACACGAGCCAAGGCGGAGGAGGCAUGUCGGCUUGCGGUUGUGAUCCAAAAGGCGGUGGCGGCGGCGACUGCGGUGGGUGGAGGCAGUUGGGAUGCGGCGGCGGCGGAGGAGGUUUGCAAGAAGGCGGCGGCGGCGGUGGGUGGAGGCAGUUGGGAUGCGGCGGCGGCGGCGGUGGUGGGUGGAGGCAGUUGGGAUGCGGCGGCGGCGGCGGAGGUUUGCAAGAAGGCGGCGGCGGUGGGUGGAGGCUGUUGGGAUGCAGCGGCGGCGUCGGAGGUUUGCAAGGCAGCUGAUGUAAUGCUCAAGGAGGUGGCGGCGCCCGCGGAUCUGAUAAAGGAGGGGGCAGUGGAGGACGAGGCUGACCAGCCUCUUAUUCUAAUUCCGGCAUCAACAACUAGGGUCUUUGGCGGCGGUAUGCGUCGAUUGACUCAAAGGACAAUGUUGGUUGACGAUAGCGACCACACGGCACUGUUUGAGAAGAAGGCAAGCGUCAAGCAAAUCGGCAUCGAGGAGAUGAGGGGAAAAGCUAAGGAUGUGAGCAGCGAGGAGGGGAACAGCGAGGAGGUGAAGUCAAGCGACGAUGAUGAAGACAUGGUCAUUGGGGGAUAUACGCAAGAUCCAUAUGAUGAUAGUGGCCUAGAAGACCUCCUGCAAGACCAAGAUGCAUUGGAAAAAUCGGUGUUCCUCGAAGGCAUCAGAGUUGAUAUCAAAAGGAAAGGCAUUAUGGAUGUGACCUCCAUAAAGUUGCAGAACUUGAUCCAUUGCAUCGCCAUUGUCUACAAUAACAAUUACCACGGAGAUUAUGAGAUCAAAUAACCACAAUCAAGGUGCAUCAAUAUUGAGAUCAAAAGGAAGCACUUGAGGGCCAGGUGCAUCAAUAUUGAGAUCAAAAGGAAGCACAUGGUUGUCACCUCCCUGGACAUCACCUCCAAGUUGAUCCUCCUCCUGACCAAGAUGGAUUUCAACUUCAGCAAUUUCGUCAUUGACGUCAGGCAAAGCCUGUUCAUCUGCCUCAUCUAUUGGCUUGUUUAGAUCAAGAGCCAUGCAGGUGAUUUUGAAGACUCAUGCAGUGAUUCAGUGGGAGGGAAACCUGCUAUUGAGGUUCAUUUCAAACUUAUAUAGGGUUGUUGUAGUGGUGUGUGCUGAAAUUUGUAAUGCUUGACGCCAAUGAAGCAAUGCUGAGUUUCAAAAUAUUUGGCGCACUGGUUGCUGUGUAUUAUUUGUAUAUUGAGCACUUAAUGGCAGCAUCAGAAAUAUGCUUAUCCAA